AUGAGCAAACUCUACUGCGAAAGCGAAUUCAUGCAUGACGUACAACUAGCACGAAUUUAUCCGGAUUCGAAAACGUUUGUGGAUAAGAAGCUGAAAUGUACCGAAUAUGAAAUUUUAACCGAUUAUAAAACACUGAAAGACACUAACAAUGGUAACGUGCCCACGAUGGAUGAGUUGGUCAAGUUCAUUGACGAGCACUUAGAAGACGGCGACGAGUUGGAGCCAUGGAAUCCUCCGGACUUUAGCGAAAACCCAUCGAUCGCCAACCGGAUCAGAGACCAGAACUACAAACAGUGGGCGUUGGGAUUGAACCAGGUGUGGAAAACUUUGGCGAGGAAAGUCAAAGACGACGUGAGAAUCCAUCCCGAACAGUACUCGCUGAUAUGGGUUCCAAACGGGUUUUUCAUACCCGGUGGUAGAUUUAGGGAGCUUUAUUAUUGGGACACGUACUGGAUUGUUAAUGGACUUAUGCUAUGUGACAUGAAGGCCACGGCUCGUGGUGUCAUCGACAAUAUCAUAUCGCUGGUGAAUCAAUUCGGUUUCAUGCCGAAUGGUGGACGAUCAUACUACCUAAACAGAUCACAACCACCAAUGCUCAUACUGAUGGCUUUGAGUUACUACGAAGAAACCGACGACUUUGAAUAUAUUAAAAAGAUCAUUCCAGUAAGUACAACAAAUGCCAACAUUGCACUGUAUUUCGAAUCUCGUGCUAUUAUGAAACGUAUUUUGGCCAACGGCCUCAUACACAWCACAUAUCUAAUAGAUUAUCAGCUCGUUAAAACAGACCGUACGCCUACAUCCAUGUACGUAUCGUCUCAACAGUGGGAUUAUCCAAAUGCUUGGCCUCCUCUGCAAGCAUAUAUCAUUCAAGGUCUGCACAGGACAGAACAUAGCUGCGCACAGCAAGUGGCCGCGAAAAUGGCCGAGGUCUGGUUGAGCACGAAUUAUAAGGGAUUUGCAGAAAAAUCGAUAAUGUAUGAAAAGUACCACGUCGAACUUCCGGGAGAAACUGGUGGCGGUGGUGAAUAUAUUCCGCAAACUGGUUUCGGUUGGACAAAUGGUAUCGUGCUAGAGUUCUUAAACCAAUGGUGUUCCGUCAAAACAACUGACACAGAUGAGCCUCAGAGUGAUAAUCAAGACAGCAGAUCUAUGUUGAAAAACAGUUUUAAACGAUUCUGCAAAUUUUUGGAAAGUAAAAAUUGA